AUGGUAGAAGCUGCACCUGUCAAACCCGAUCACAGUUGCGACGAGGUGACAGUUGUUUGUGACACCAAAGUACUGACCACGAAAACAGAGUCAUAUCAUGUCUCGGAUAUCGGCGUCAGACAACUAAGUGAAUGCCGAGUGCCCAACUUGGUACUCAAACCCAUGACGAUAGAGGACUAUGACCGCGUUAGGGAUAUUCUUCCUAGCGUCACGCGAUGCAGCUCACGGUACUCCCGAGAGACCGUCGAGCAGAUGCUCCAGUUUCCUUCGUUUUUCCCAUUCAUCAUUGUGGACACACUAAAUGACACGUUGAUCGGGUACGCAGAAGUGCACCGAAUGCCACAUCUGGGACGUGGAAUGGACGGCCGUUUGGAGAAGGUAAUUAUCAAAGAGGAGUACCGGGGGAAAAAGGUGGCGCAAGUUGCUUGUAGAGAAUUAAUGGACAUCGCAAAGAACGUUUUGAACUGCGGCAGGUGCGAUCUUACCGUCGAAAAGCCUGAUGCAAUGACCGUAUACGAACGCCUAGGCUUUGAACCAGUUUCCACCAACGUGUGGAGAUUGAUGCUCUAA